AUGGACCGUGUAUUGCGCAACAAGAUACUUGUCGUUGGUACAGGCGUACUGGAUUUUGUACGAGGCGUUUUCAAGUCGUGUCAACUUGACUUUCCUCAGAAGCUGGUGGACGAUGAACUAAAGAAAUCGAACGGCUCCCAUUCUGGCAUUCGUAUUCCUUGGAAGAUCACCACCAAAUACUACGUUGCCUCGGUAGACUUUUGGUUGGACGAAAUGGCUAGCGAUGUCGAUCACAAGGAGGUCAUCAAGGGCUACACUGAUCCCGACAACGGUGUUGGUCAAGUGGUGGAUGCGUUCGUCUAUGUGUUUCACAAGGAUAACGUGAAGAGCUUUGAAGGUGUCAAAGAUUGGAUCUCAUUUCUGGACAAGUAUGAACCAUCUAUUCGAUUAUGCGCCGCAUUGCCGUUCAAGGAAGAGAAGAAGCAAGACUUUGAAGACAUUGAAGAAUGGUGCCUUGAUCAUCAAUUUGAAUACGUUGAUAUGGAUGAAAAGACCGUGGAGCCUCUUGACAAGGGUGGAUGGGAUCUCGCUGUUGAUAUACUUCAAACAAACUUGUGGGAUGGUAUGAAGGAGCACAAAUCGUCUCAUGACAAAGAUGAUGAGCAAGCAGCAGAUGAAGAGUUACUGAGAGAGUUACAAAUGCUGAAAUUGGAGAACGAGCGUGACCAAGGUGAAGCUGAUAUGCCAUCCCAGAGUGAAAUCAACGAGAUGCAAAAGCUCCUCUUCAAUGAUUUGGACAAGGAAGAUGGUUUGGAUAAGGCAUUUGAAACGAUGCAGGCUUUACGAGAACAAGGCAAAGACUUACCGGAUGAAGAGCGGCGGAAACUUGCAGCCAAGGUGGCCUUGUCAUUUGCAGCUCAACUCGGUGUUUAG